GAGAGAGAGAGAGAGAGAGAGAGAGAGAUCUCCCAUGUGUGUUUAUUCUCUUUACAGUGUAAGAAAGGCAGGCAACAGAGAAACAGGCCUGAAUGAUGAGCUCAAGAGGGAUUUUUACAGAUGGGAUGCGGUCCCUGCAGCAGAUGCCAACCCUGUGACUUUCUUUUCUAAUGAUCCUCUCUGAUCUUUGACGUUCCCUGCUUUCCCAGUACGUUUUCCCACCUGAGGAGUGUGUUUCCAGAGUUUCUCUCCUCUCGCAGACGGACAGAGUAAACUGGAGAAGAUGUCAGAGCUGAGCUCCAAAAAACAAGGAUUUAAAAAAUGCCGGAGUGCCACUUUCAGCAUCGAUGGCUACAGCUUCACCAUUGUGGCGAAUGAAGCGGGAGAGAGCAGCUCAAGACCUCUGGCACGCUUCGCACGUUCCAAGUCACAGAAUGCUUUGUGGAACGCCAUCACAGCAGGCAUCGGGAUCAAGGACAAAGACAAGCGGGGUAUCCUGAUUGACCCGCGGAGUCCAGAGGAGAUUCUAGCUGAUGACCUGCCCUCUGUCGACAGUCCCGAUGCCAUGGAGAAGACCGCCAUAAGGCUGAGAUGUUUGGUGAAACAGUUGGAGAGAGGUGAGGCUUCUGUUGUGGACCUGAAGAAAAACCUAGAAUAUGCUGCAUCCGUUUUGGAGUCUGUCUAUAUUGAAGAGACUAGGCGGUUGGUGGAUACAGAAGAUGAGCUCAGUGACAUCCAGUCCGACUCGGUUCCCUCAGAAGUGCGUGAUUGGUUGGCAUCAACUUUCACACGUCAGAUGGGGCUGAUGUUAAGACGGUCGGAGGAGAAGCCGCGAUUUCGCAGCAUUGUGCACGCAGUGCAAGCUGGGAUAUUUGUAGAAAGGAUGUACCGACGGACCUCCAACAUGGUGGGGCUGAGCUAUCCGCCCAGCGUGAUCACGGCCUUGAAGCAUGUGGACACGUGGUCGUUUGACGUCUUCACACUGAAUGAUGCCAGUUCAGAACAUUCACUGAAAUUUAUUUUUUAUGAACUUCUGACCAGAUAUGAUUUAAUCAAUCGCUUUAAGAUCCCUGUUUCUGCUCUGGUGUCUUUUGUGGAGGCCUUGGAGGUGGGCUACAGCAAAUACAGAAACCCAUACCAUAACCUAAUCCACGCUGCCGACGUCACCCAGACAGUGCAUUACCUUCUGCUCAAGACCGGCAUGGUUAAUUGGUUAACUGAGUUAGAGAUCUUCGCUAUGCUGUUUGCCGCGGCUGUGCACGAUUACGAACACACUGGCACUACCAACAACUUCCACAUACAGACCCGAUCCGACACAGCCAUACUAUACAAUGACCGCGCCGUACAGGAAAACCACCACGUGAGCGCUGCAUAUCGCCUCCUGCAGGAAGACGAUGAAAUGAACAUCCUCUACAAUUUGUCGAAAGAUGACUGGAGAGAAUUGAGGGCCCUGGUGGUCGAGAUGGUCCUGGCCACUGACAUGUCCUGUCACUUCCAGCAGAUUAAAGCCAUGAAGAACUUCCUCCAGCAGCCAGAAGCGAUUGAUAAACCCAAGGCCUUAUCCCUGUUACUGCACACCGCUGACAUCAGCCACCCUGCCAAAAACUGGAACAUGCACCACCGCUGGACCACCUCACUGCUGGAGGAGUUCUUCAGACAGGGCGAUAAGGAGGCAGAGCUUGGACUUUCUUUCUCUCCUUUAUGUGACCGCAAGUCUACCAUGGUGGCCCAGUCUCAGAUCGGUUUCAUUGAUUUCAUUGUGGAGCCCACCUUCACUGUGCUGACAGACAUGAUUGAUAAAAUAGUGACUCCGCUGAUCGAAGAGGCCUCACCCUCUUCUGGCCUGGCUGGAUUCAGGCGCUCCAGUCUGAAUAACAUCCCGUCGGAUGGGAAACGGUCUAGUGUGAGAAGCACUGGUUCGGAGGGCGGCACUUCCCAUAACUGCUCCAUAAACGCUGUUGAAUUUAAGACCUUCAAAGUCACCUGGAACGAGGAAGUGCAUAAAAACCGGGAAAAAUGGAAAGCACAAGCCGCCAAAGAUCUAGAAGAGAAGGCUAAACAGGAAGAGAUCGAGGAGAAAGAAAAGAAAACGGACACAGACACACACAGCAGUGACAGCAAAGAUGUUGAUACUAAAACAGAAGACAAAAUCAACACGGACUCGAGUGUGAAUUCUCAAGACAAACUGAAGGAAGACACAAGAGAAGAGAAGGAUGCAAAGACAGAUCGAGAAGAUUCAAGCAAAGCUACAGUUGAUAACAAGGAGCCCAGAGAGGAAGAGGGCAAUAAAGACCCAGGGGGGGUGAAUGGGGCUCAAACACCAGCGUCUGAUGCCAAAGAGCCCGAGACCAGCAGUGACACGGACAACACUCUGCGAGCACACAAUGCUACGACCCGCCGCAAAUACCACCUGGUCAGAUACAGUAAAAAACCCAGUUACUGUGCCAAGUCCUACUUGCCCUCCCGGCCGCAGAAAGAGGACAGCAACCCCGCAGACCCCCGUAGCAAGGCCAGACAUCUCCAGAGCAUCUCUCUGAGACGGGGGAGGUGACCCGGACCCCAGCGAUAGCACUGCACACACACAGCAAUAGGUCUGUUCUGCAGUGAUGUUGUAGUUAACGUGAUGUUAUUUCAGUUCAACCCAAAAUCAAAAAGAACAAGAAAAUUAUAUUUUGCAUAAAGACAAUACAACAAGAUUGUUGGCAUUGUGACAUUA